AUGAUGGACAUAAAACAGCAAGUAAUUGAUAGAUUCAAUGAAUUAUUAGGUACUGAUUUGAAAAAUUUAAAUAAAAUGGCACAAUUUCAUGAACAGCUACAGCUGGAGAAACGUCAAAUUGAAGAAUCACUGACAAUGGCAUCCACGGAAGCUCCUUCUAAAAUAAAAGCAGCUGUUGCCAAUGUCGAAUUGAUAAAGACAGAUAUUGAGAGUUCCAUCGAGAUUAAUGACAUUGAAUCAGCAAUGUCUUCUGGGAAUGAUAAAACGAUGAUUAAUUCAUUUUCAAAUCUCGUUGAAAUAAAUUGCCAACUAGAAUCGUCAAGCUGUCAGAAUCUUGUAAAUUUUGUCCGUGAAACUCUACACUUUUGGCACAACCAUUUGAAAGAAAAAUUUUCCAAAGAGUAUAUGGAUGUUUUAAAAAAUCUAAAAUGGCCUUUCUGUGGUGACAAUCUUUCUACACUGUCAUCACCAAAUUCUGAUGCAUUGACUAAGUUUAAAACUCUCACGGAAUAUUUAUUACAGCUACAGUUACCACAAGAAACUGAUAAAUCAUCAAUAAAAUCAAAUUCUCUGGCUGAUUUUUUACCUGUAAGCCUGCCAAUACAUUUGCUAGUACAUCCAUUGCAUCAACGGUUUACAUACCAUUUUAGUGGUAACAAACAAACUAAUCGUCGUGACAAACCUGAGUGGUAUUUUACGCAAAUACUCUCGUGGAUAAAAGACCACGAGUCAUGGAUUGAAAAAAAUGUUCAGCCUGUAUUGAAUUCCAGUGAAUUCAGUUACAUAAAUGCUAAGGUUGAAUUUAUGCGAGCACUAGUAAAAUUAGCCGUAGAAAAACUUCAAACAGAUCUUCCUAUCGUGCAAUAUGACGACGCGCUGUUUGCUCAUUUCGUCGACGAAGCUCUUGCUUUUGAACGUGACUUGAGAGAAAAUCUUUUCUAUCCGCCAAAUCAACCUGCAACUGUUUCUGUUUUAACUCAAGCGCAAUCUUUUGUCAAGUGGAUCAACAUGGAAAAGAAAUAUGCUACUGAGAAAAUGGAUGCGAUUUUAAGUGCUCCAUCAGCAUGGGAACGUAUUACUGUGGCUAAUGUCGAAGACAUGAAAGUUACUGAAUGUGCAGAAGCGUUUUUAACACUACUGACAACAAUGAAUGAAAGAUAUAGUCAUUUACCUCAACCCGGACACAGAUUACAAUUUUUGGAGCUACAAUUGGAAUUAAUUGACGACUGGAGAGUUCGUUUAUUACAACUACUCCACCAAAGCUGUGAAGAUCCACUUCAUUCUUUAAUUCCUAGCAUACUUAACUCUGUAAAUUAUGUUCUAAAUAUUUUAAUGGAAUGGGGAGUUACCGUUGUAUGUAUUCAAUACUUAUAUUAUAUUUAUCAGAUAUUAGUAGCACCAAAAUUUUUGCUGCAAAUUCAAAAUAAAAAUUCAUAAUGAAUGGUUCAAAUUUUUUAUAUUAUAGCAAAAAUAUUGGUCCUAUAAAAAAUUUAUCAAACAAAAAUCUUAAUUUUGGAAUUACAGUGAAAAUAUUGAUUUUAAGAAAAAAUCAUAAAAAACAUUUUUUUUUACAAAAUUAAAUUUUGAACAACUUUUGUUUAAUAAUUUUUUUUUUAUAGGCUCAAUAUUUUUGCUAUAAUAUAAAAAAUUUAAACCAUUUAUCUUAAAAUUGUGGCAAAAACUUUGGCCUCAAAAAUUAGUUAUCAGAUUUUGAGAAUUAACUAAAAAUUAUAAAAUGUCAUCUAGCAUUUCUUGCAACUACACUAUUUUAAAAAACAAUGUGAAGCCGCUGAUCAAGCAACAGACUUAGGCUUGGAUUUUUUAGAAGAUUCUGCUGAAGAAAGCGGUACUGUUUUUGAUGAUGCAGUUGCUUUGCUGAAGAGAUUAGAGAAAGAAUUGCUAGAAGAAAUAAGUGACUCGGUUGCGCUGGAAGUUAAAGCGCGUAGCAGACCUUACAGGACUGACAAGUGGUUUACCAUGCAAAAUGAUAAAGAAGUCGCAUCUUUAUCAGUAACUCCAAGCGGUUGCGUAAUGUUUGAAGAAUUGGCUUCAAGACUUCACGUUAUGAAUGAAGUUUUGUCUUUACCGCUUUUUAAUCAAGCCUGGAGAAAUGUAGCUUCGCAACUUGACCAGUAUCUCUUUGAAGGGGUUGUUUUAGAGAAUCAAUUCAACGCUGGUGGAUCUAUUCAAUUGAAGUACGACAUAACGCGUAAUUUAUUUCCACUGUUUGGGCUGUACACCAAUAGACCAGAAUCUUAUUUUCCUCUCCUGAGAGAAUCGUGUUUGUUAUUAAACAUGCUUCUUGGAUCCGUAAUGUUAUUGAUGGAAGUGUUAGAAGGCGACAACGAGGAGGCAGCAAAAGAAGUACUAGCCGACGUAGGGGUUUUUUCUCUUCCCCCAUCCUCAGCUCUACUCGUUCUAAAAGCCAGAACGGACGUAGCGAUGCAAUAAAUAUAUUUUUAAUGAUAUAA